CUAUAAAGCCCAAGAGUGGAAACCAGAAGCAACACCUGCCACGGGCAGCCUCUCUGAGAAGAUGCAUUAUCUUCCUCCCCCCCUGCUCUUCUUUCUUCUAUGCUCCAGAGCUGAAGCCGGGAAGAUCAUUGGGGGCACCGAGUGCAAGCCUCACUCCCGCCCCUACAUGGCCCACCUGGAAAUUGUCACUUCCCAGAAUAACCUGAUUAGCUGUGGUGGUUUCCUGAUAAGACGGAACUUUGUGCUGACGGCUGCUCACUGCGCAGGAAGGUCUAUAAUGGUCACCCUGGGAGCCCAUAACAUAACAAAGAAAGAAGACACAUGACAGAAGAUUGAGGUCGUAAAACAAUUCCCUCAUCCAAACUUUGAUUACAUUUUUGCUCAUCAUGACAUCAUGUUACUAAAGUUGAAGGAGAAAGCCAACCUGACCCUGGCUGUGGGGACGCUCCCCCUUCCACCUCACUUCAGCUUCAUCCCACCAGGGAGAAUGUGCCGGGUGGCUGGCUGGGGAAUAACGGAAGUGGAGAAAUUGGGCUCCAAGACUCUGCAAGAGGUGAAGCUGAGACUCAUGGAUCCCCAGGCCUGUAGACACUUCAACACUUUUGACCACAAUCUCCAGCUGUGUGUGGGGAAUCCUAAGAAGACAAAAUCUGUAUUUAAGGGAGACUCGGGGGGCCCUCUUGUGUGUGCUGGGGUGGCCCAGGGCAUUGUCUCCUACAAACAGAAUGAAGAACCCCCUUCUGUCUUCACCCGGCUCUCCCAUUACCAGCCCUGGAUCAAUGAGGUCCUAAAAAAGAAUUAGCCCUGGAGCCUGGGCCAGCCUGAGAGGAAAUCUGAAUCUGGACCUGAGUAGCGUCAUUCUCCAGCCAGCCACCCGGCACACUGAGUAGGGUGUCUGUGUCCAGAGCUGCAUCUGCUUCCUGCUGAUCCUCCUGGUC